CCAUGACGCAAGUACCCAAGACACAGACUGUAAUUUUGAACAGAACCUCCCACCUGUGGUGCCCGGUGGAAGGUGCGCCAGCUCCAUACAUUGUGUGGAGAAAAAAUGGUGUUGUCGUUGAAAAUAGUACCAGUGUAAGAUAUCAGCUUGUACCGGAAGAAAAGAAUGUGAAUUACAGCUGUGAGGUACGAAGAGAUAAAGAAAUAUCAAAGAGGGAAAUCAGCCUCAACAUUGAAAAGUGCCCAGGCCCUUGUGAGUGCCACACUUUUAAGGGAACAUACAACCUGCUGCGUGUGAACUGUGAAGGAAAAGAAUUGAUGUCGUUUCCGUGGAAAAUUCCUCUCCCCACAGUAACAUUGAACUUGAGUAACAACCAGCUGAACGACUUGCCACAAGACAUUUUCAGCAACAAUACUCACCUGAGUUGGCUGUAAGCUGAGAUAAAAAAAAAUCUAUAAUGUGUACAUUUCACUUUAAAAGGUCAGCGAUAUCUUAACAGGGAAUUUGGUAGAAUUAUUUUCGUCUAGAAUGUAAUAAUUGGAUGCUCUGAAAGCGACAUAGAAAAUUAUCUCAAAAAAGGCUUUUGA